GACAGCUUGAGAUGAUUCAGAGGGAAAUAAAGACAUGAGAAUCAGAUGAUGUUCAACGGCCCUGCAGAUGGAGCUUCAUUCUCAAAGAACCUGGAGGACUUUGACUCCAUCCGCAGCGUUCUCCUCUACAGUGACUUGGAACCAGAGUGGCUGGAUGAAAUCCAGAAGAAUGGUGAGCUUUUCUACCUGGAGCUGAGUGAAGGGGAGGAGGACGCUGCGCUGAUCCAGGCCAACGCCUGUCACGGAGUUUCCACCAAUCAUGUCCGCUUCAGCGAAAAAGAAGCAGAAAUCAUCAUCGAGCAAAACAAGAAGCAGCGCUGCUGUUCACGCGUCAAAGGUGAGACAGCUCUGAAGAAGCUUGCCAGGAUACUGAGGAGAAAACGCAGACCUUCUCAGCGUAAAGGUGGCGGUGGAAAGGAUGGCAGCAAAGACAGUACUGCUCUGACCCCGCCGGCCUCCAUCCUGAAGAACCAGCCCAGCCAAAGACAGGGUGUCAGUGUUCAGCAGCAGCAGCAGCUGAAGGAAGUGUGUGUUUACCUCAACCCCAAACGUCUGGGAGGUUCUUCAUCAGCGCCCCUUUCUGACAGCGGAGGUCUUCUGGAAGCUUUGCUCGGGGUCAUUCAUCGUCCCUCAUGGACCAGAGGACAAGGAGCGUCCACUGUUCUCAGGCAAGAGGAGAGACUGACUGUUCAUGGAUUAAUACCCAACAGCCCUGCCAUCAAAUGUGGCCAGAUACUGAUAGGAGACGCGCUGGUCGCAGUGGACGACGUGGACGUAACUUCAGAGAACAUUGAGAGGGUUCUGUCCUGCAUCCCUGGACCCACACAGGUGAGGCUGACCUUGGAGACGGUGGCCCACGUGGACAACGGCAGUGCUGGUGACGCUCCGUCGGCCCGCAGGACCAAAUCCUCUCCUCCGGUCAGUCAGCUGGUGCGGCUGCUGUGGGGGGAGGACACAGCCGAACUCCAGAUGUCGAUCGGACACAUCCCUCAUGUGGUCAUGUACCUGUCACUGAAGCUGGACUCGACGUCAACACAGGAGGAGGAGGAGAUCUUGUACCAGUAUCCAGUCUCUGAUGCUUCAAUUCAGCUUAAAGCCGUCAGAGGAAUCUUCCUGACUCUGUGUGACAUGUUGGAGAAUGUGACAGGAGGGAGGAUCGUCAGUUCCUCUCUCCUCCUCGGGAAACAUCUGGUUCACGUCGGCUACUGGAAGGAAGGCAACAACCUGCUGGUCGUCGGGCUACCUGCGGAGAGAGUUCCUCUACUCUAUCUACAGACAGUGCUUGGAGACGUGGUGCGGACACUAAAAGUCAUGUACGGCUCGUUGGACAGGGCCUUCUGUAAGAGUGACAACACACCUAGACUGGACCAUUUCUUCUGCCUCUUCUUCCAGCAGCUUAUUCAGCCGUCUCGCCUGAGGGACGGGUCCUCGACCCCACCCACUGAUGUCUCAGUCACCCUUUUCCUGGAGGGGCUUCCGGCGGUCCGAUGGCUGACUCUGCCUCCAGAGAUCAAGGUGGAGGUGGACUCUGUUCUCUCUGAUUUUGAGUCAUCUGAUUUUGGUGAAAUGUCAGAAGACUUCUUCGGCCUGAGACGUCUCUACGUCAUUCUAGGAUCCUGUCUCUUCUACAAGUCCUACCUGAUCGCCAACCAUCUUCCUAAAGAGGAUCUCCUGGACGUGUGUCUGUACUGUCAGCACUACUGUCUGCUGCCGCUGGCGUCUGAGCAGCGUGUGGGGCAGCUGGUCAUCUGGAGGGAGGUGUUUCCUCAGCAGAGAGCUCACAGUGGCAGCAGCAGCAGGAGCAGGGCUGUGACAGGCUUCACUCCACCACAUGGACGACACUUUCUUCUAAUCGUGGGCCUGAGACAUUUCAUGCAGUGUGUGCUGUUAGAAGCAGGAGGCUGUUCUUCUCCAGCGCUGGCUUACCCAGGACCUGACUGUGUUUACGUCGACCAGGUGAAGGCCACUCUGCUGCAGUUGGAGGCGUUGGAGGCAGGUAUCGAGGAGCGUCUGAACGCUCCUCCUGCUCCCUGCCUCUCCUGUGCCGACUGGUUCCUCCCUGCAGCCACAGCCCGUGAUCGUUUGGACAGCGUGGCUUCCUCUUCCCCUGUUCUCAGUAAACUGUCUGGAACCGUGAAAGGCCCCUCGUCAGGAUCCAGGGGCCGCAGUCUGUUCGGGGAGAUGUCGCGGAGGUGCAGCCCUCAGAGGAGCUUAUCAGACAGUGGCAGUGAGGGACAGAUGGACGCUGGUUCAGGGUCCAGUUCCUCCACGGUUGCGGGCUUCAGUCCACAUUCUACCCCUGACUCGGCAAGGAAGCUAGAAAGGAGACGGGAUUCUCUGGGAUCUGGAGGGUCAGAUGGGAGCGGAGGCAGCGGAGGACUCUUCAAGACUCCCAGGAUGAAGCAUCCAAACCCAUUCUACCUGGGCACCUUAAAGAAAACGCUGACAGACAGGGAGACGGAGGAGAUGUACACCACCAUGAAACUGACCUCCGGCUCUGAGAACACCUUGUUUCACUACGUCCUGAUGGACGGUGUCCAGGGGAUCUUCAUCGCUCCCACUCACAGAGAGACAGCUCAGCUCAGCGGCUCCAUUCACCCUCAGCUCAUCAGGAACUUCCACCACUGCUGCCUGUCCAUCCGUGCUGCCUUCCAACAGAGCCUGCCUGCCAGGAGCCGUCGAGCAGCAGAGAGACCUCAGGGCGGAGGCUGGGGCCUGGGGCCCGUGAAGGAACACGGGGUCUUGUUUCAGUGCAAACCAGAGAACUGGACAGACCAGAGGAAACCAGCUCCAACCAUGACCUACUGGGUCAUAGGGAGGAUGUUGUUGGAGCCUAUCCCUCAGGAAUUCUACGUAUGUUUUCACGACUCUGUGGCUGAGGUUCCUGUAGAGAUGGCCUUCAGACUGUCCUUCGGUCUGGCCUUGUGAUCCGUGACUAGAGACGGGGCUGCAGAUUUUCUUUGGACUUCACUACUGGAGUAUCAAAUGUGUAUUUCUCAGGAAAAAAACUUAACCUCUGGCACUUACACAUGCCACUGACACAUUUAUUUGGAAUUG